UUGUUAUUCAAGGCUGAUAACACUAAACAUGGACAUCGUGUGUGCAGCACACUCACGUUACCAACUUGGCGCGUGCCACGUGCAGCAGCAACGACUGAUGCGUACAACGUGGCAAGUAAUAGUGUUCUACCGUCAUGUUGUGGGUUUAUCAAGAAUAUCGUGGCAAGUAAUACUGUUAUGUCAUCAUGUUGUGGGCUUAUCAAGAAUAUCGUGGCAAGUAAUACUGCUCUACCGUCAUGUCUUACCAAUAAUAUCGUGGCAAGUGAUACUGUUCUACUGUCAUGUCUUACCAAGAAUAUCGUGGCGAGUAAUACUACUCUACCUUCAUGUCUUACCAAGAAUAUCGUGGCAAGUAUUACUGCUCUACCGUCAUGUUGUGGGCUUAUCAAGAAUAUCGUGGCAAGUAAUACUGCUCUACCGUCAUGUCUUACCAAGAAUAUCGUGGCAAGUAAUACUGCUCUACCGUCAUGUCUUACCAAGAAUAUCGUGGCAAGUUAUACUGCUCUAUCAUCAUGUCUUACCAAGAACACCGUGGCAAGUAAUACUGUUCUACCGUCAUGUCUUACCAAGAAUAUCGUGGCAAGUUAUACUGCUCUAUCAUCAUGUCUUACCAAGAACACCGUGGCAAGUAAUAAUGUUCUACUGUCAUGUCUUACCAAGAAUAUCGUGGCAAGUUAUACUGUUCUGUCAUCAUGUUGUGGUCUUACAAAGUUUAUCGUGGCAAGUAAUACUGUUCUGUCAUCAUGUUGUGGUCUUACCAAGUUUAUCGUGGCAAAUAAUACUGUUCUGUCAUCAUGUUGUGGUCUUACAAAGUUUAUCGUGGCAAGUAAUACUGUUCUGUCAUCAUGUUGUGGUCUUACCAAGUUUAUCGUGGCAAAUAAUACUCUUCUGUCAUCAUGUUGUGGUCUUACCAAGUUUAUCGUGGCAAGUAAUACCGUUCUAUCGCUAUGUUGUGAUCUUACAAAGAAAAUCUUGGUAAGUAAUACCGUCAUGUCUUACCAAGAACUUCGUGGGAAAUAAUACUCCAUAAAGUAAUAAUUUGAUCUUACCAAUAUUUUAUUUAAUUGACACUCUACAACGUCAUCUUGUGAUCUCACAAAAUGUAUCACAGUAAAUGAUAAUGCAUAACAUUAUCUCGUGUUAUUAUCAAAAUCAUUGUAAUUGAUACUGUACAACGUCAACACGAGUUUUGUCAAUAUCUUCCUAUCUAACAACAGCAGAAAUGCAUAAACAAGUUAAUCAAGUUUGGAAAACGUUAACAACGUUCUGUUUACAAGAAAACGUAAAAUAUCUUUCAAGCGUCGUAGCAACUACUACUACACAACGUCAUAUUUAUGUUCUUACUAAAACCAUCUUGGUAACUAAUAAUGCACAACGUCAUAUUUAUGUUCUUACUAAAAACAUCUUGGUAACUAAUACUACACAACGUCAUAUUUAUGUUCUUACUAAAACAUCUUCGUAACUAAUACUGCACAACGUCAUAUUUAUGUUCUUACUAAAACCAUCUUGGUAACUAAUAAUGCACAACGUCAUAUUUAUGUUCUUACUAAAACCAUCUUGGUAACUAAUAUUACACAACGUCAUAUUUAUGUUCUUACUAAAACCAUCUUGGUAACUAAUAUUACACAACGUCAUAUUUAUGUUCUUACUAAAACCAUCUUGGUAACUAAUACUGCAUUACGUCAUCCUUCGGUUUUACUAAAACAUCUUGGUAACUAAUGCUGCACAACGUCAUAUUUAUAUUCUUACUAAAGACAUCUUGGCAACUUAUACCGCAUUACGUCAUCCUGUGAUUUUACUAAAAUAUCUUUGCAACAAAACCAUUAUAAUUAAUAAUAUACUACAAUGAUGUUCUGAUAUUACAAAGAACAUUGUUGUAAAUAAUACCGUUCUAUCAUCAUUUUGUAGUUUAACCAAAAACAUGGUGACAACUGAUAUUGUACAUCAUUACAUUCUACCGUCAUGUUGUGGUUUAACCAAAAACAUGGUGACAACUGAUAUUGUACAUCAUUACGUACUACCGUCAUGUUGUGGUUUAACCAAAAACAUGGUGACAACUGAUAUUGUACAUCAUUACACACUACCGUCAUGUUGUGGUUUAACCAAAGACAUGAUGACAAAUAAUGUUGUACAUCAUUACAUACUACCGUCAUGUUGUGGUUUAACCAAAAACAUGGUGACAACUGAUAUUGUACAUCAUUACAUACUACCGUCAUGUUGUGGUUUAACCAAAAACAUGGUGACAACUAAUAAUGUACAUCAUUACAUACUACCGUCAUGUUGUGUUUUUAUUCUCCUCAAAUUUGUCUUGGUUAACUUGCUAUCGUUAAAUAUGAAGAUCUUGACAAAACUCUGCCAUUGUUUUAUCUUCGGGCAGCAGUGACUAAUUUGCAUAUAUUAAUUACACAAAGAAAUCGUUAGCACUAGUAGUUCAAAAAUAAAUAGAUAAAACUCUUGGUACAAUUUGUCUUUAGAAAAAAUGUUCUGCCAUUCCUUGUUUUGAAGAAGUGUAUCAUUACUUAUGAGAUAAACAAUUUGUUGUCAUUGGUGUAAUAAGUUUCCCAAUGUCUUAUUACGAUUAUGUUACCACGAUUCCACUGAAACUACGAAAGUUAUAUUUCUCUAAGUCACCUUCGUAUCUUAAAAUCUAUUUCAAACAUCAAUUUUUCCUGCUUAAUUAAUUAGGUGUCGUGUGUUAUCUCUACGUUCGGAAGGAAGAUUAUCGAGAAAAAAAAAAAUCAGGGUGUUUGAGAGUAUCUCUACUGGACCAUCGAUAAUAAGUAACUAUGUCCGAUCAUUGCGCCGUUUCCGUCAUUGUUCAACACAAACUUUCUUUUUUUUCCCUCUGACGUCCAAGAGGAACAAGGAAGUUUGUGUUGACGUCAGUUAUAGCGUUGUAAAUAAACACUUUGGUUUAAUUUUAACGCAAAACAAUAAAGCUACUUUUAGAACACAUUUUGCAUGUACAUAAACAUGUAUAUGUUUAUUACCUAAUUCAUCCAAUGUUAGAUGAAUUUAAAGCGAAAUAUCGGGUGUUUUUUUAAUAGACUUUUUCUCAUCAUCGCAUCCAAAAUAAGCCUAUUUUGUAUGAAUUUAUUAACAUGACUACUGUAGGUGUUUAGUCAUUAUAGGUGUUCUUUUAAGCUGCUAAAAUAAGAGAUUUCUCUCAAUGUGACUGAACGGGGAAAAAUAUGUUAUUAAGAUCUUUCCUAAGAUGGAAAUUUUACGUUGGUUGGUUAUACAAUACAGUUAGUUCUAGUGAUUAAUUAGUUGUCAUCCAUUUUGCUCACACGGAAGAAUAUGUCUCUGUCGUAUCACAUCGUGCUUGUUAAAGAGAUUAUAGACAUUACGAGUAAAUGAAAAUGCUUGUAGAACAAACAAAAAAUUCACCUUUUAAAGUAUGCGACAAUGCAUGAUUUUAUCUAUAAAACAUGCCUUUCAAUACGAUCACAAUUUUCUUCAAGGCAUUGUCGUCUUUUCUUAAAGCGCGUUACAAAAAUAAGAUCUGUCUCGCGACAAGACUUCACACAAAUUUCUUUAAUUUGACAAACGUUAUCCAUUUUCUACAUGUAUGACGACACAGUUCCAGUUUCUUUGCUUAAUUAAGUUAACACAUCAUUAGAAAGAAUAUUUCAAUACAUCAUGGACUUAUGUAAGUGUCAUCGUUAUUUUGGCGUAGUGUUUGUGGUGUUGGGGUACGUAAUGCCUUCAGAAAUUACAACAUAACAUUAGAGGAUAAAAUAUGCAUUUUAGUUGUUAUUCAUAAGUGUGAUUUUAAUCACGUUAAAUAAUAAAUGAAGUCACUUUUAAUCAAUAAAAAAUAUGAAUUUCUUAUAAAAUUACUAAAUAUUCAUUAUUAAAUUUCAUUUUUACUUAAUUUCUUAAAAGUAUAAUAUUACGGAAGCUUGACUAUGAUUAGCUGUGGAUUAUUAUUAUUUUAUUUUUUGUAAUUUGCUUUAUGCUAAUAAUAAUGUUUAUAUUGAAAUGACAAUUUCUUAAAAAUGUUAGUAUAUUUUAGUUCCUUAUCGGCCGAGGAUACUUCUGAAUAUAUAAUUAUUAUGUAAAAUCCUCGUAGUGUUCCCCUGGUGGUGAAAGUUAUAAACAUGCUUUAAUCUUCAGUAACCAUUAUAUCGUUUAAAUAUAUAUAUAUAUAUAUAUAUAUAUUGGUGUUAUUAGAGCAAAUUAUGGUUUAAUAAAACAUUUUUCUGACAAACACU